AUGCCGCGAGCUGCCAAGGAUGAUAAGCCGAAGGGCCGCAUGACAGCCUAUGCCUUCUUCCUGCAAGCGUGUCGCAAUGAACAAAAGAAGAAAAACCCUGAGGCGACUGUUGUUUUCACAGAAUUCACGAAGAAAUGCUCUGAGCAAUGGAAGAAAAUGAGCGAAAAAGAGAAGGCGAGAUUUCAGAAAUUGGCCGCUGCCGAUAAAGACCGGUACAAUUCCGAAAUGAAGAACGCGCCGAAAGGGACUGCGAAACGGGGGAAGAAGGCGAAGAAGGACCCGAACGCUCCGAAGCGUUCGAUGUCUGCUUUCUUCUGGUUCUGCGACGAGGAGCGCCCGAAGGUCCGUAAAGAAAACCCGGGCUGGCCUGUUGGCGAGGUUGCAAAAGAACUCGGCCGAAGAUGGGCUACAGUAACUGCCAGCGAUAAGGUCAGAUUCCAGAAAAUGGCAGACAAAGACAAGGAUCGUUACGGAAAGGAAAUGGCGAGCUUCAAGAAAGGAGGAAAACCCGCGAAAGCCCCUGCUCACAUCGACGAGGAUGACGAAGAGGAGGAGGAGGAAGAUGAGGGGGAAGAGGACGACGAUGAUUUGGACGAUGACUAGGCGUUGUGAAGUCCUCGGGCUUGGUCCGACUUGACGCAUGCUUGCGGCGAGAAACACCUCUUUAAUUUUGUACAACGUGAAGGUUGGGUGUAUGAUUUGUUUUUACGUUGUGGUGUUUUUAUACGUGGAUCUCGUUAGCCUCCCAGGCGAAGCACUUCUGACUUCGUGAGCGUUUGUAGAGAAAGCGAAGAAAAUAUCGUUGUUUCCUGAGCUGUUCAGUAUCAAAAGAGAAACUUCGCGGGUCGUUUUGAAAUCUUGCCCGACUUCCGUUUUGUUAAUAAAGGCUCGACGUUACGGCUGUCGAUUCCAAAAUGAAA